AUGACACUGAAGGACCGGGCUGUGGGACGGCGCGAGAAGAACGGCUCCCGUGACCCCCGCAAGUCCCGCCCUUCCCCUCAAGCGAGGCCGCCGACUAUUUCCAUUUUAGCUCCGGGAAGUGAAGCUAUUGGCGCCAGCUUGAGUGCGGGCAAAAUAUCCGCUGCCGAGCCUCCGUCACUCCCUGCAAGGGGCAGCGGAGCCGCCGACUUGCCUCCGCUGCGCUGGUGGGAGGAGAGGGCGGGGUAGUGGCCCAGUUUGGGGAGGAGCCGCCCCCGUGGAAAGGAUGCCAAAGAAAAAGCGGAAAACUUCAGAUGGGCCAGAUUCCCAGAGCCAGGAUCAGGGAGAAGAGUCAAGGGAAUUAUCAAAUGCCAUGGUUGUGGAUGCGUGUAUUGUCAUAUCUGACAGUGAUGGAGAGCAGGAGUCCAAGGAGGAACAUGGUCUGCAGAAGAAAAGAACAAAGCAGCAGCUGGAUAGACUGAAGUUUGCCGCAAAAAGGAAAAUAGCACAGAUGACAGAAGAUGAACAGUUUGCCCUGGCUCUGAAAAUGAGCGAGCAAGAAGCCAGGCAGUUGAACUCGCAAGAGGAGGAAGAGGAAGAGCUUCUGAGAAAGGCCAUUGCUGAGAGCCUUGGUAGCUGCCAGCCUUCUGAGUCUUCUGCUGCAGCUGCUGUGCCCCUUCCUUCCAAGGCACCAGUGUCUUCAGCACAAAGCUACCCAGCUGGGCAAGAGGAUCCUGAGCUCCUUGCAGCUCUACUGCCUUGCCCUGAGUCUCCUUGCUCCGAGUACAGCUCCCUCUCACACAGUGACAAAACUGAUAAGAAUGGACAGACAGAUGUCGCCAAGAGGCCCCUAGUAGUACUGACGAGGUUAAGCCAGGCAACAGUUGAGAGCUCACUAGUCUCUAGCAUAAUUGUAUCUCCAGGGAAGAGCCAACCUUCUGCAAGGUCAAAUGAAAACCUUUCCCCACCAGCAAGGAGCAGUUCCAGCGAUACACCACCCAGUCUAGAAGAAGGGACAUCAGUUGCCUUAAGUCCCACCUUUCCCCAAAGGCCUCGGGGCACUUUGUCACUGGCACCUCAGAGACUUUUUGCAGAAAGGUUUAGCCCUCCAAAGCCAACAGGCAAGGAAACUGAAAAGCAUCCCCAAAAUUACAUGGGAGGAGAUUCCCUUCCUGGUUGCUCAGAAGCUCCGGAGAAAGCAGCCCUGGAGCACAGCAUGUUGGACUACUCCAGCAGACCAGGGUCUGAGCUUGGACAUCAGUUGGAGCCCAUCAAGAAGGCAUGUCUUUCUCCUGGGCUGGUGGAAAGGACUGAAUUGCCCAGAAACGCUCCUCCACUCUGCACACUUCGUAGGGGUAACGAGGAGUGCCAAGAAGGCGAAGAGAGAGACAUGGUGCACUAUUACUGGGGUGUUCCCUUCUGCCCUAAAGGAGUGGAUCCCAACAAAUAUACCCAAGUCAUCCUGUGUCAGCUUGAGGUUUACCAGAAAAGCCUGAAACAGGCUCAGCGACAGCUUCUACACAAGAAACCAUUUGGGGAGCCCGUUGUCCCCAAAUUGUGUCCCUUGAGGCGAAGUAACCGUGGCAAAGCAGCAAAGGAAGCAUCUAAGAGAGAUGAAGGUACAGAUGAGCAGGAGGGAGAAGAAAUGAAUGAGAAAAAGGAGCCUGAGAGCAUAGCCUGGCUUCUGUCCCCAAUAAAUGGAGAGCAGAACAUGGCAGGGGGAAGAAACCCUGAGAGUGAUGAUGAGCCAGCAAGCAGCUCAUUUCAGGCCACCCAAGUGCUGUUUGCAGAAGAUGUGCUUGAAGAAAGGGAGCCCAUGCAGAUUACCCAAAGCAUUUCUGCCUUGACCCCGUUGGACAGUAGGAGAAGCCCAGACAUGGCCACAGAGAAUCAAGCUGAGGAAGAAAUCACUCUUUGCCCUGAGACCCAGCCGAGUCCAUUGCAAGCUAUCGAGCCUGAGAGCGGAGAAAUCCAUUCAUCCAGCAAAGAUGUCUCUCUGCAGGCUGAUGCAGCUGAAGACGCUGGGGAAACAGCAUCUGCCGGCAGCUUUCUUGGUGAUGAACCUAUUCCAUGUCCACUGUGUGAUCGCACAUUCCCAGUUUCGGAAAUUGAGGUGCACGCCAUGUAUUGUAAUGGCACCAGAGAGGACCCAACUGAAGAUGCUCCAGUGUUAACCCGACGACAGAGAGCAGCCAAGACUAAAGUCACCAGUUGCAAAGAGUCGUCAGAACCUGCUGACACUGACAAGUAUGAGAAGUGUUACCUCUGUAAGACUCUGGUGCCAUGGAAAGAGUAUCACAGGCAUGUGGACGACUGUCUUUGGAGUCGGACUGCUAAUGGAACCCAGGGUGACAGUAGGCCAAGGCGCACAAAGGAGAAGGGAAGAACGGAAGGCCACCUCCUGAGCAUGCUGGAGCAAUCCGAACACAAGGCUUCAGAUGCAGAGGAGGUUGCCGCACUAUCUGGAGAAGAUGACUCAAGGCGCAGCUUGGCAGAGGCGGACAAGAAAGCAAAGUGCAGUCACAAUGUCCAGAGCAGCUUUCCUCAAGCAGGUUGUAGUGACUCUCCAAUUAAAUCUUUCACCUCCAUUUCUGAAGCCAAAGACUGCCUAGUGGACUUCAAAAAACAGCUUGCCAUUGGCUCUGGCAGUCAGAAACAAGCCAAAGCCAGCCUCAGGAGCAGGAAGAAAUACUGAUCAUUGCACAAUGGAAAAAGGGCCUGGAAAUGGAAUAGGAAGCAAGCCCUUCCAUUCCACCGACUUUGUCUGGCAGGAAGAGCGCAACUUCUCUACCAGCUUCAGACAUCCCUCUUCUGUACAUAUUGGAUGAACCAUACAGGAUUUGUCAUGUAUUGAAUUGGUUGUGUACUUUAUAGAUGUCUCUUCAACCUUGCUUUUCAAUUAUAAAAGAAAAUGAAAUAUAUUUAUUAUGUUUUUAUAAUCUGCAA